GUAUAAAACUGUGAUAUAUAUCAUAGAUCAUAUCACGGAAUAAUAAAUUCAGCGGUCUUAUCAAAAUUAGUAUCACUUUAUUUUUUUUAUUCUUAUAAAACAUACUGCUUUGAUCAUCAACGUUCAACACUCGUCCUUCAUAGCCCGUCGCUUUAUUUUGUAAUAAUUUGGAAGUUAUCAUGGCGACUGCUGAGCAUGUAAAACAAGAUAUGCCCCCUAAAGGUGGCUACCGGAAGAUUAAUAUUGCUCGAGUGUUUCCUAAACCAUUUGCCAGUAAUAGAGCAUUGGUUGGUACAUAUAUAGUUUGCACUGGGGUUGGUUGGUACUUUUACCUUUUAAAUGACAAACUAGUUGACAAAUAUCAAAUUGAAUCACGCAGUUCAAUUAUUGCUUUAACACCACUUUUAGAUGCUGAAGCUGACAGAGAAUAUUUAAAACAAUUAAGAAAAAAUCGUGAUGCUGAGGAAAAAUUAAUGAAAAAUGUCAAAGGAUGGAAAACAGGUACUUUAUAUGGUGAACCUGUAUACAAGACAGUUGAUAAAUCAAAACUUGUUGAUCCUGGUUUGAAUGAGUACUAUGUGCAUUCUCCCGAUAAAAUCUUGUAUGACCGAGCCUACUGGCAUAAAUAUUUAUAAACAAGUAUCUAUGCAAUUUCUACAAGAAUGAAAGUCAUUACAAUACUUGUUGUAUUACAUGUGUUUAGAUUCAAUAAAAACGUGUAUUUUUUUUUUUUUUUUUUGAUAGUAACAUAAAAAAUAGAAAUAAUAAUUUAAAUAUGUUUAUUGAAUAUUUUGUAAUUGAAGCUUCAUUAAAAUAUCUAUUAGCUGAAAAUUGAGAUUGAAAUAAAAGAAUGAGUGUAUU